AGCACAGGCCCAUGACAGCUAUAGACCUCAUACAGGCCAAAUAGAUUUUGUACAGCAGCUUACGGUUGCUCAACCUAUGGCGCCGCUCGAAGGGAAAGUCAUCGGAGUCAUGGGUGGAUCAUUCAACCCGAUCCACUUGGGCCAUGCCUUGCUUGCCAUCACAGUUCAUGAAACAAAGCCCGUGGACGAAGUGAUACUAGUGCCGGUUUUUAAGCACCCAGUGAAGAAGGAUCUUCUUCCCUUUGAAGACCGCAUUGCGAUGUGCAAGCUCGCCGUGUCCGCCAGCAACAUUGGAGUCAGCUCUGUAGAACAAGAGACUGGAGAGUCAAAUGCGGUCAUGCUUCGAGCAUUGCGCAGCAAAUAUCCAAAAGGAAGUCGGCUGCUUUGGGUUUGCGGGGACGAUGUGUUUGACUGGAUCUCCAACGAGAAAGGCCAAGCGAUGCUGGCCGAGUUGGAUGGCCUCAUCGUCCAGAGAAGGUUGCACAAGGCAUGUGAUAGCCAGGCCGACCGAUUCUACAAAGCGCCAGUUGACAGUGACAAAGUUCGGGCGUUGGUGGCAGAGCAUCGGGUUCAUGUGGACUUUAUUUACGGUGAGCUACCACACUACUCAUCCACACUGGUGCGGAAUUCGCCAGCAAGCUGGCGUGCAUUUUUGCCCCAGAAGGUUGCAGCCUACUUAGAUGAUCGCCCUGCCCUUCUGGCACAGCUGGUGCGGACUGGAGAUGCUCCAGCCUCACGUGUCUCUCCUCCAGCCUCACCUUUGGUCGUGCUGGACAAGAACAUGCUCGAUGAUGCAGAGCCCGGCUAUCAAGAAGACCUUGAGUUUGAAAAGGAGUUGACAGAUGCCGCGGAAAUUAUGCUGAAGACAAGCUCACUGGAACUGGAGGUGCUGGAGGAGACCAGUACCUCCACGACCUCCACCGGGGCUGAUGACGUGCCCACUAUUCUCCGCGGGCAGCUUUCACCCAGGAGCCACAAGAGCAGGACGCCAAGUCGAACACCACGCAUGCCAUCAAAGCAGCGCUUGCGUGAGGCAUCGACUUCUUGCGUAAUGCGUUGCUUGGCCACGGUACAUGCACUGCAAAGGGAGCGAGGACACACAGCGCUGGCUUUGGCGCUGAAGGGCACACCGCAAGGUGAAAGUGCUGCGAAAGCCAUGCACGACGCCCGUGCAGCACUGGACCUUUUGCUCAAAGGUGACCCAGUAGCUGAAAGAGCUUUGCGCCUCUCUGGGCUGGAUGCCGGAGCUGCUGGUGCGGUGGCGGAGGAGUUGCGGAGAACACCUUUGUGGCUCAGCUAUGACCGCGCUUUGCUUGAUCGCCGUUUUGAGGAAGAGGCAACUGCGGUACACGGCGAAGACUCGAAUUGCUGGAUGCGCAGAGCAUCCCUUUUGGACAAGUUCAAUGUUCGGGUUGAUGUAUUGAUUGAUGCGUGCACUCACGCGCUUGCAGAAUCCUUGGAAGCCAGGAGUGUUGAUGCACGCCCGCAGGUGUGGAGCAGGAGUGCCAGCUAUGACUUCAAUGACCCCAUUGCGAAGGGUAAGACUUGCGAUGAUGACCGCGAGACAACAGGAGAGUGGCUGCUUUUGCUUUUCAAGCAGUAUGCGGAUUGCAAGGAAGCCCUUGGCCGCUUGCGGUGCUUUGUGUGCUGUGGUGGCCAGCAUGCCCCUGACCUGGUCAGGAGCUCUUUCCGCACUCGGAGGUGGUUGAACGAAGUGAUCGAACACAAGGAUCGAAUGCUUCACAGAGUCCUUUCCACAGAGCAGGCUGGGCCGAACAGUGCUGAGCAUCCUGGUGCAAGCACAGCUGCAGCGCUUCAUAAGAUGCUGGCUUCUGUAACAUUGUCGGAGAGAGAGUUGAUGGGCUGCUUCGCCCGCAGCACACCCUUGGAAGUCAUGCACGAGGCUUUAAAGGCUGGCCACGAGAUUCAGAAGGGCAAGUUUGAUGUCCACGACUGGUUUCGAACCCUUUCAUCAGCAAUAGAUCUCAUGGUAAAUUUGGACCAGGCUCUGGCGGCGUUCAUUUGCACUUCCCCAGAUGGUGAUUAGAGAUGAUCGCCUGAGCCAUGCAUUCCUGGCGACAGAAGCAGGAAUUAAUCGAUUUUGCCAAGGGGUCCAUGAAUGAGAUUUGGUUGUGAAGCCAUGUUUUCUUCCAUGGCCACUGCGUUUCAGUUGUUGCCAAAAAAGACCUGAAAGGCAAACCUCUUCCCUUGCUCAACUUGCCUCGUUACAACCAGGCAUGUUGGCAUGUGCACAUAACAGGAAUCUGGAAAGGUGCUUUUGCUCGGCCAUCUCAGUUGCACC